AUGGCGACAGCGGAAGCCACCGGAGGCAGCAGCAGCGAGGGAGCGCCCGAGCUGACCCUUCUGGGUUUCUGGACGAGCCCGCACGUCCUCCGGGCGCGGUUCGCCCUGAACCUCAAGGGCAUCCCCUACACGUACGUGGAGGAGGACCUGUUCGGCGACAACACCAAGGGCCGGCUCCUGCUCGUCCACGCCGGCAAGCCCGUCGCCGAGUCGAUGGUCAUCCUGGAGUACAUCGACGAGGCGUUCCCGGACAGCCUCCCGCGCCUCCUCCCCUCCGGCGACCCGUACCGGCGCGCGGCCGCACGGUUCUGGGCCGCCUACGUCGACCAGAAGCUGGUGCCCACGUGGAUCCCGCUCCACGAGCCGCGCGACCUCAGGCGCCGCAAUGCCGGUGCCUUGACCUUGGCGAGCGUGAGCCGCACGGCGGCGCCGGGCGCGACGGGGGGACGGGAGGUCGGCGGCGUUGACCCGGUCGACGGCGGUGGCGUCGAGCGCGUUGGGCGUUGCCCUUGCGCCGCCGCGGGCGCCGCCGCAUUUCAUCGAACACCUAGAGCGCGUCCGGGAUGUGCUCAGCGUGGCAGGGAGGAAGACGCGCGUCCGACGGCGACGACGACGGCGUAG